AAUGUGAGAACUUGGGGAGCCGAAGAAAAUGUCGGUGGCAUCGCAGUAAAUUACUAAAGCAGUAGCUUUAGAGGGAAAAGAAAAAGUUAAAAGUGUUUUUUCCCCGAAAAUUUACUGAAGUAAAAAGCGGAGAAGGAGAUCAAGUGGUGUCGGGAGGAGUGAAUUCCAAAUAAAGCACGUUUUGGGGGUAGUGUAUGGAAGAUGUCUGAAACAGACUGGACUCUGUGGAUGAAAAAGCGACGGGUGCGAGUGCUGUGUGCUCUGGGUGCUGUGCUACUGUGCUGCCUACAGGGCGGCGCCACUGUCACUGAUGAAGUGCCAGUGUUCACAGAGGAACCUCUGUCGGUGGUGCAGAAGUUAGGUGGUAGCGUGACCCUGAGGUGCAGCGCCCGACCCCCCUCGGCCAACAUCAGCUGGCGGCUGAACGGGCGUGAUCUGGUUGCCGGGGCUGGUGGGGACCUGGGGGUGGUACUGGAGCCUGGCAUGCUGCUCAUCCCAGCCCUCACCAACCUCACCCUGGGCAGGUACCAGUGUGUGGCCAGCACCAAUGCAGGGGGCCUGGCCAGUGUGCCCGCCAACGUCACCGCUGCCA